UGACUCAGCCCUUUUGGAAUGGGGCCCAAGACUGCUUUUCUAACCAGCACUGCAGGUGAUGCUGAACUUCUUUAUACCUUAUGUUUCUUUGUUGGAAGUUAAUAGAACAGGGGAGGCAACUCAGAGACUAGUGCCUUCCCUAAGCCUGUGUCCUCAUGGGUGUAAUUGCAGAGCAACACUAGUACCUACCUCUCUCGGAUGUAUUAGGAGACAGAAAAGAUUAUGCAUCUCAAGCGCUUAGCAUUAGGGCUGUCACCUUAAGGGGAUUUCAGGGGCCCUAAUAACAAUUGGGUGGACUAGCAUUUCAUUUGAAACUCAUUAUUCUCUCCAGUGGAAAAUCAGCUCUGUGCCUGGCUACACGUCUAAUACCUUAGCAUAUUUUCUGUUUCCUAAUGAACUGUUUGGAUCUACUCUUGAAUUCUGAAAUGAACGUAUCACUUUGGCCAUGGGGGAUGGGGAUGACAGGACAUAACUGGUUAAGACAGUUGCAAGCCGCCAUUCCCCCGCCCCUGCCAUCUCCCUUGCUAGAUAAGCGCCAGCUCCCGCUCCCCAGCUGUAUGUAGGCUGCAGGAAGAAGUGCCCUAGUGUAACUGCCUCACAGCCGGAGAAGCCCGAGAUGCGGGGCUGCAAGUUUUCCCUUCUUCCCCGGCCGCUUCCAGACCCGCCACCCACACAGACACACACAAAAGCCCCCUCCCGGUUAGAGACAAAGGGCUUGGACAAAGGUGCGCAUCUGUAGCUCCGGCCGGCGCCAGACGUGCUUUUGCAUUGGUUGCCCUACCAUCCAAUUGGAAAGAAGAGCCAGCACGUCCUAUUUACAUAACUCCUUCCCGUUGGUGGACGGGCGCAGCGGGCCGUCCAAUGGGACGCGAGAGAUUUGGAGCCUUCAUUUGAAUAUAAAGAUGACAAAUAACCCCGCUCUGCCCGCCUAGCCCGUUCAUCCGGGCGCCGUCGCUGCCUCGCCAUGCCGGAGCCUUCGCGCUCGGCUCCGGCGCCCAAGAAGGGCUCCAAAAAGGCCAUCUCCAAGGCGCAGAAGAAGGACGGCAAGAAGCGCAAGCGCGGCCGCAAGGAGAGCUACUCCAUCUACGUGUACAAGGUGCUGAAGCAGGUGCACCCGGACACGGGCAUCUCGUCCAAGGCCAUGGGCAUCAUGAACUCGUUCGUCAACGACAUCUUCGAGCGCAUCGCCAGCGAGGCGUCCCGCCUGGCGCACUACAACAAGCGCUCGACCAUCACGUCCCGCGAGGUGCAGACGGCCGUGCGCCUGCUGCUGCCCGGCGAGCUGGCCAAGCACGCCGUGUCCGAGGGCACCAAGGCCGUCACCAAGUACACCAGCUCCAAGUGAGGCGCGCCGCGGUGCGCCCCGAACCCAAAGGCUCUUUUCAGAGCCACCUCCAAGCUCA